AUGAGGUCAGAAGCCUUGCUGCUAUAUUUCACACUGCUACACUUUGCUGGGGCUGGCUUCCCAGAAGAUUCUGAGCCGAUCAGUAUUUCGCAUGGCAACUAUACAAAACAGUAUCCGGUGUUUGUGGGCCACAAGCCAGGACGGAACACCACACAGAGGCACAGGCUGGACAUCCAGAUGAUCAUGAUCAUGAACAGGACCCUCUACAUUGCUGCUAGGGACCAUAUUUAUACUGUUGAUAUAGACACAUCACAUACAGAAGAAAUUUAUUGUAGCAAAAAACUGACAUGGAAAUCUAGACAGGCUGAUGUUGACACGUGCAGAAUGAAGGGAAAACAUAAGGACGAGUGUCACAACUUUAUUAAAGUUCUUCUAAAGAAAAGCGACGAUACCUUGUUUGUCUGCGGCACUAAUGCCUUUAACCCCUCCUGCAGAAACUAUAAGAUGGAUACUUUGGAACCUUUUGGGGAUGAAUUUAGUGGAAUGGCCAGAUGCCCGUAUGAUGCCAAACAUGCCAACGUUGCACUGUUUGCAGAUGGAAAACUGUACUCGGCCACAGUGACUGACUUCCUUGCUAUCGAUGCUGUCAUUUAUCGGAGUCUUGGAGACAGCCCAACCCUACGGACUGUCAAGCAUGAUUCAAAAUGGCUGAAAGAGCCGUAUUUCGUACAAGCAGUGGACUAUGGCAACUACAUCUACUUCUUCUUCAGGGAAAUAGCGGUGGAGUAUAACACCAUGGGGAAGGUCGUCUUCCCCAGAGUGGCUCAGGUUUGCAAGAACGACAUGGGCGGCUCGCAGAGAGUCCUGGAGAAGCAGUGGACAUCCUUUCUCAAGGCGCGCCUCAACUGCUCCGUACCCGGAGACUCUCAUUUCUACUUCAACAUCCUGCAGGCGGUUACCGACGUGAUUCGUAUUAACGGCCGUGAUGUUGUCCUGGCAACCUUUUCCACGCCUUAUAACAGCAUCCCCGGCUCUGCGGUCUGCGCCUAUGACAUGCACGACAUUGCCUCUGUCUUCACCGGGAGAUUCAAGGAACAGAAGUCUCCAGAUUCCACCUGGACGCCGGUCCCCGAUGAACGUGUGCCUAAGCCCAGGCCAGGUUGCUGUGCGGGUUCAUCCUCCUUAGAAAAGUAUGCAACCUCCAACGAGUUUCCCGACGACACCCUGAACUUCAUCAAGACACACCCGCUCAUGGACGAGGCCGUGCCUUCCAUCAUCAACAAGCCCUGGUUCCUGCGGACCAUGGUCAGAUACCGCCUGACCAAAAUCGCGGUGGACACCGCUGCUGGGCCGUAUCUCAAUCACACGGUGGUUUUCCUGGGGUCGGAGAAGGGGAUCAUCUUGAAAUUCUUGGCCAGGAUAGGAAACAGUGGUUUUCUAAAUGACAGCCUUUUCCUGGAGGAGAUAAGCGUUUACAACCCUGAAAAGUGCAGCUAUGAUGGAGUGGAAGACAAGAGAAUUAUGGGCAUGCAGCUGGAUAAAGCAAGCAGCUCUCUGUACGUGGCAUUCUCGACCUGUGUGAUAAAGGUUCCCCUUGGCCGGUGUGAACGACAUGGGACGUGUAAAAAAACCUGUAUCGCCUCCAGAGACCCUUACUGUGGGUGGGUAAAGGAAGCAGGUGCCUGCGCCCAUCUGUCACCCAGCAGCAGGCUGACUUUUGAACAGGACAUAGAGCGUGGCAGCACAGAUGGCCUGGGAGACUGUCACAAUUCCUUUGUGGCGCUGAAUGACAUUUCAACUCCUCUACCAGAUUAUGAAAUGUCUUACAACACGGUAUCUGGGCACUCCAGUUCCCUCUUGCACAGCACCACCACGUCAGACUCGACGGCUCAAGAGGGGUUUGAGUCUAGGGGAGGCAUGCUGGACUGGAAGGACCUGCUCCAUUCACCGGACAGCACAGACACUUUGGGGGCAGUGUCUUCCCAUAAUCACCAAGACAAGAAGGGAGUGAUUCGGGAAAGUUACCUCAAAGGCCAUGACCAGCUCGUUCCUGUCACUCUCCUGGCCAUCGCGGUCAUCCUGGCUUUUGUCAUGGGAGCUGUCUUCUCGGGCAUCAUCGUCUACUGCGUCUGUGAUCACCGGCGCAAAGACGUGUCGGCGGUGCAGCGCAAGGAGAAGGAGCUGGCGCACUCGCGCCGGGGCUCCAUGAGCAGCGUCACCAAGCUCAGCGGCCUCUUUGGGGACGCGCAGUCUAAGGACCCCAAGCCGGAGGCCAUCCUCACGCCUCUCAUGCACAACGGCAAGCUGGCCACGCCCAGCAACACGGCCAAGAUGCUCAUCAAGGCUGACCAGCACCACCUCGACCUGGCAGCCCUGCCCACCCCCGAGUCCACCCCGACGCUGCAGCAGAAGCGCAAGCCCAGCCGGGGCAGCCGCGAGUGGGAGCGGAACCAGAACCUCAUCAAUGCCUGCACCAAGGACAUGCCCCCCAUGGGCUCCCCUGUGAUCCCCACGGACUUGCCCCUCCGGGCCUCCCCCAGCCACAUCCCCAGCGUGGUAGUCCUGCCCAUCACGCAGCAGGGCUACCAGCACGAGUACGUGGACCAGCCCAAAAUGAGCGAGGUGGCCCAGAUGGCGCUGGAGGACCAGGCCGCCACCCUGGAGUACAAGACCAUCAAGGAGCAUCUCAGCAGCAAGAGUCCUAACCAUGGGGUCAACCUGGUGGAGAACCUGGACAGCCUGCCCCCCAAAGUCCCACAGCGGGAGGCCUCCCUGGGCCCUCCGGGGGCCUCCCUGUCUCAGAACGGCCUGAGCAAGCGACUGGAGAUGCACCACUCCUCCUCCUACGGGCUGGACUAUAAACGCAGCUACCCCACGAACUCGCUCACGAGAAGCCACCCGGCCACCACGCUCAAAAGAAAUAACACUAACUCCUCCAACUCCUCCCACCUCUCCAGAAACCAGAGCUUUGGCCGGGGAGACAACCCGCCCCCCGCCCCGCAGAGGGUGGACUCUAUCCAGGUGCACAGCUCGCAGCCGUCGGGCCAGGCGGUGACUGUGUCGAGGCAGCCCAGCCUCAACGCCUACAACUCACUGAGCAGGUCGGGCCUGAAGCGCACGCCCUCGUUAAAGCCGGACGUCCCCCCCAAACCUUCCUUUGCUCCCCUUUCCACAUCCCUGAAGCCUAACGACGCGUGUACAUAAUCCCAGGGGGAGGGGCCGGGGUCGAACCAGCAGGAAAGGCGAGUUGCCCGCUCAGCUUGGCACCCGAGUACCCGCCAGCCCAGGACGGCCAGACUGCGCCGAGGCCUCCGGGUCCAUCUCUCCCGGACACAGGGGUGCUCGUGAACAUCAGGCCCAGCGCUUUGGUGAAAGUUUGCAACGGACUCACCUCCAUCUCUUCCCUCUCUCCCCUUACACCCUACAACAGGUUGGACUCACGAAAGACUUAAGUUAUCAUCACAAACAUGAGCCAAAAGCACAUACCCACCCACCCCACACACGUGUGUGUACUCACACGCGUGUACACACACACACACACACACACACAGAGGUGAACAGUAACUGCAACAUCUUGUCCUUGACUGCACGGGGGUGCUGCCACACUGGGCCAGCCUUCCCACCCUCAAAACAGACACCUUUUUUAAAAAUGAUGAAAAUUAAAGACAAAAAAAUAAAGAAUUCAUUGAUAAUUCUAACUCAGACUUUAACAAUGGCAGAAGUUUACUAUGCGCAGAUACUGUGAAAUGCCCACCAGUGUUACAGCUUUCUGUUCUAGCAGACGAUGCCAGUUGGGCCACGAUGUCAUAGGUUUCUGCUCCUUCUUUUAAUGAAAUAACGUGACCGUUAACGCAAGUAACUCUUUAUUUAUUGUUCACUCUUGUUUUUCCUGAAAGGACUCUUCCACAUGCUAUCUUAAGAACAGCUCUUCAGAAAGUCCACUGAAAAACUUAAAACUAUUUAACGUGAAAUCCAUUAACUGGAAUAAUUGAGUUUCUUUAUUUUUACAAUAAAUUCACUGAGUAAUUAAGUUGGAGCUGGAAUUCUGAGCUUUGUGUUUGGACUCUCUGAUCUCUAGCUAAAGGAAAAGGUUAAGAGGGGAAUGUUUAUUUAAAUCUACCAGUUAAUUUGAUGGCCAGAUUUCUGGCCUAUAACAUGCAAAAAGAAAACAAUAGUAAUAGGGUAAAAGUCCUUCCAGAGCCGAAUUUCUAAAGCAACCGGGACAGGAACUUUUAGGGUGGCACAUCCGUGCCCCACUGCUGCUCAUGUGCUUUGCCAGUGGUUCCUACUUUCUGAAGGCACACAGCUCGUGAUACACCAUCUCAUUUCACCUUGCAUGUGAGACAGCAAACAAAAUCCACAAACGGUGUGAACUAAUUAAUAUGCUGGCUGCUACCUUGCAUAAAUCAAUGGUUUGAUCACACGGGUUUUUCGUGGGAUUACAUCUGUGAAUAGCCUGUUUUCCACAUGUAAAUUUGUGCCUUACACCCUGAGUUGUGUAUGCUUGUAAACUGUCAUGAUGAUAAACUUUUUCCCCUUUUGAAAUAAAUGCCGAUAUUUAUUUAAUGCUCCCUCCCCCCACCCUUGCUCCAGCCCACUGGAAGAUCAGCGUCCAGCAGAUGGAAGAAGGCAGUGGUGAUGGUUAAAUCCCACAGC